CUCUCCGGCUCGGGCGAGGUGGCUGCAAACUCGCGGGCACGCACGGCGCUCGGGGAGCCGAGGGACUCGGGGGAGGGGACGGCAAGGAAGGCGCCAGCCUGCUCUCGCCCGCCCCUCGCAGCGCGAGCAGGGGUUGGAAGAACACGGGGCCCCAGCCCGGCAGAGACCGGCGGCGGCGGCUUCCCUUUUCUACCCCAGCGAGCUCUGGAGCGCCUCGGGGACCGGCCCUCAAAAGAGCAGGAAAUCUUGUUUACCGCCCGGGGAGAGGAGCCCAUCGAGCCUUUGUCUGGAAAGUCAGCAUCUCCGGCUGCAAUGUGUUCCUGGUGAAUUAGCAUUGGGCAGAGCGGCCGGAGAAGGGGGGUAGCCAGGUUCACGUCUGGUUUCAGAGGCGGAUCCAACGGGUGACUUUUGUGCAUUCGUUGUAAUUUUUGGAUAUCUCUCCUUUUUUGCUCCCUCGCCCGCCACCGGGCAUGUCCUGAUCUGACGGCCGCUCCUACCGCCUGGGGCUGCAGAUCAGAGCGAUUUUCAGCGGGGCUCGCUCCCUCCCUCCUUGACUUUGCAACACCGCGUUCCGGGAGGACAGACCUCGGCGAAGAAGGGGGCGGGGGAGCCGCAAACACCCGGACCCAAACCUUGACAUGCUCUCGGGCGGAGAGGAGGAAGCCAGGAGCUGAGCGCACAGCCUGGGUUGUUUCGCCGGUUCCGAGCGCGGAGCUCUGGGCUCCCUGCCCUGCGCCUGGGCGGCAGCCUUGUUGUUCUGGGGGGCGGCCCCCGCUUCCCGCUCCGGUGGUCCGCGGCCGGCAGGACCAUGCUGCUGAAGGAGUACCGGAUCUGCAUGCCGCUCACCGUGGACGAGUACAAAAUCGGACAGCUGUACAUGAUCAGCAAGCACAGCCACGAACAGAGCGACCGAGGGGAAGGGGUGGAGGUCGUGCAGAACGAGCCCUUCGAGGACCCGCACCACGGCAACGGGCAGUUCACCGAGAAGCGCGUGUAUCUCAACAGCAAACUGCCUAGUUGGGCCAGAGCUGUUGUUCCCAAAAUAUUUUAUGUUACGGAGAAGGCUUGGAACUAUUAUCCUUACACGAUUACAGAAUACACAUGUUCCUUUCUGCCGAAAUUCUCCAUUCACAUAGAAACCAAGUAUGAGGACAACAAAGGAAGCAACGACAGAAUUUUUGACAGCGAAGCCAAAGACCUUGAGAGAGAAGUUUGCUUUAUUGAUAUUGCCUGCGAUGAAAUUCCAGAACGUUACUACAAAGAAUCUGAGGAUCCCAAACACUUCAAGUCAGAGAAGACAGGACGGGGACAGUUGAGGGAAGGCUGGAGAGACAGUCAUCAGCCCAUCAUGUGCUCCUACAAGCUGGUGACCGUGAAGUUCGAGGUGUGGGGCCUUCAGACCAGAGUGGAACAGUUUGUGCACAAGGUGGUCCGAGAUAUUCUGCUGAUCGGACACAGACAGGCUUUUGCAUGGGUUGACGAGUGGUAUGACAUGACAAUGGAUGAAGUCCGAGAAUUUGAACGAGCCACUCAGGAAGCCACCAACAAGAAAAUUGGCGUUUUCCCACCUGCGAUUUCUAUCUCGAGCAUCCCCCUGCUGCCUUCCUCGGUCCGCAGCGCCCCCUCCAGCGCUCCGUCCACACCUCUGUCCACAGACGCGCCGGAGUUCCUGUCCGUGCCCAAGGAUCGGCCCCGGAAAAAGUCUGCCCCAGAAACUCUCACGCUUCCAGACCCCGAGAAAAAAGCCACUCUGAAUUUACCUGGCGUACCCGCUUCAGAUAGGCCGUGCCGGCCCAAAUCAGAGUAACUUCACAUGAAUAUGUUAUGGGGUUUUAUAUUUUCAUUUCCGGGGUUGGUUUUUGUUUUGUUUGUUUUUUUUAAAGAAUCUUCUACUAUAGAAAAAGACUGCUUUGUCAUUCAAACAUGUUCUUUCGAUCUCUGAGUGUGCAUGUGGUUGAGUAAUUUCACAUAUAUGAGUCCCUACGUAUGCCAUACAGCAUCACAGAUGUAACAUGUAAAACAUGCAAAGGACAAAGGGCACCUUCUGUAGCCACAGCUGGAUGCCAGGAAGGAAGCUGUGUUAUUGGGCAUUUGAUGAGGUUGGUAUGGACUUCUAGAUAAAUAAAUGAAAACGUUGCACCACUGUGGUACAAGGUGUGAAAUAGUGAAGUUCGUUGCCUCCCAUCAAACCUGAAAUUCUCAAAACUACUCUCAGGUGUAACAUACCUAAUUGUUAAAUUUUGAACUUCUCCUCACCAAUACUUGAAUACCAGUAGUUACUAAGAUUCCUAUUUUGGUUAGUCUGACUCAGGAUUUGGGGCCUAAUUAACACUUUAAAAUUUUUUGAAAACUUUAUCAACCCGUAGAGGCUCCAAGUGCAAUUAAUAACUUAUUUAUACCUUUCACAGAAUUUAAUAAAGAUUCCACUUGUUUCUCUCUUUUAAUAACUUUCCCCUACGUGCCCUCGUGGCCUCAGAAAUCUUAACAAUUACAUGGGUGAAUGUGACCUUAACUGACAGAUUUUGGAAGAGUUGAGUUAGGAACCAAGAGGCCCAGGAGAGGCAAGCAUCUUUCUUCUCUACAGGUACCAACCAACAAACCUUAACUUGUCAGCUUCCAUUAUCCAUGAAGAUUCUUAAAAAUUGCCAUUAAUUGAGUAGAAUUUAUUGACUACUUGCCCAUUCAGAGAAGGUCAAGGGUAGAAUAAGGCGACUGGACUUUAACCUUGUCAAGAUGUCUGGUUUGGGAAACCCUAAAAAAGAGAAUUGUCUCCCAUCUCCCUCCUGGUUUUACUUGUAAUAACAUCCAGACUUCCUGGAACAGAUCGUCUGUCCCCGGACCUUAGAAAAGACUGUCAUUCUCUUGCUCUUUACUUGAAAUUCAAAUAUUGGAAAUGUCACAGAAAUCAAGUAAAGAGAAUGAACAGAAUUGUUGGCUUAUAUUUGUAAAGAGGAAAGAUAGGCCCAGCCGGUGUGGUAUCAACCCAUGCACUAAGAGGUCACCGGUUUGAUUCCCGGUCAGGGCACAUGCCCAAGUUGUGGGCCCAAU